UAAGUCCGUAGAUGCUGUUUGUCGCAACAAAAUUGACUGAAAAUGACGAAACUAACAAAGCCUCAAUAUAGACUAGCAACCAUUGCCUCUGUUUUGGGAAUACUUGAGGGGACAGCUUGGAUUUUUUUGUCAGCUACAUUUAUUGGACUAUUUAUAGCGACCAACUAUCUGGAAGGAAGGAAGGAGUCUAUCUAUAUUGUUAGUCCAUACGGUUUAAUGGUAUUUUUGUGGGUAUAUUUGAUUACUGACAGCGUUUGGGUAGUCGUUUCUAUUUUGCAGUUACGCACAAUAAAUAAAACCCACAGUAACUGUCUUCGCAUAUUCAAGUGUUGGGGAGUAAUAACAUUUUUAAUUGCCUUCAUUGAUUUGAUAUUAGCAGUGCUGGUGGGAGCUGAUUAUAAUGAAAAUUGUAUACGGGGUUCAGGAGAACUCAGUUGUACUCCUGCCUUACUUGUUAUAGCUGCGAAAGGUUUUAUCCUGUGGAUUGUGAAUGUUGUUUUCGUUUAUGUUUUCUACAGGAUCAUCAGGACCAUCGAAUCUGGAAAAAAUCUGAGCAGAAGUUUGCCUAGCGCAGAUCCACAAAUUCCUCGGGCGAUUUCUCAACCGUCUACUAAUAACUGCCUAAAUCAGAGUAACGGGACAAAUCAGAAUAACUGGUCAAAGCAGUCUGCACCCUAUAAUAAUAGUGAUAGUUAGAGAGCGGAUUUCUAGGUUUAAUGUUUUUUGUGAAAAAUGUAAGCACUUCAAAACUUUUUUAUAUCUGUAACUAUGAUACAAUUUGGAGUCAUUUGACACAUUUUUUUUUAUGUUUAUUUGCUUUUUUUUCAAUUUUAUGCAUAUUAAAACAUCUAUGCUUAUUUAAU